AUGUGCUCUGUUGCCGGAUGCGAUUCGUGGCGUCGCAGUGCGCAGCGAUUCCAGUUACCAGAAGACCCGGAGGAGAGGCUGGACUGGGUCACGUUCAUAGCUCACGCCAACAAGCAGCGUUUCAGAGAGUCGUCGUGGACUGAGAUCUGUGUUUGUAGCGAACACUUUACAGACGACUGUCUUGUUGACGGCGCUGACGGAGUCCAGCUGAAGCCCGGCGCUGUCCCAUCAUCACUGGGUUUAAAUGUGGGGGCUGAGGCCACUGAUGCUGCAGCACCACUGAGCAAGAGGCAUCACACCAUGGAUGCCAAAAAGCUCUCCAAACAAGGUCGGAGGGGGCUUUGGGGCACAGCCCCCAUCAAAAUCGCAGGAAAAAAAAAAACAUUAUCAACUCUCUACCAAUCAUAUGUGUUCCCGCUACAGGCUGCGACAGAAGACGAAACCUGCAGCAGCAUCACAGAGGUUCCCGAGACUGUCGCUGCCAUCGCAGAGGAGAGCGACCCCAGAGAUCGACCCGCGGAAUCAAGCGAUCCGGGUGAAACGGAUUCGAGCGAGGACAGGGAGCCGGCGUGGGGCGUUUUCCCGGUCAAAUUAUUUCCCGCCAAACAAAGCGACGACCCCUCGGACCACAUCGAUUACUGCGAUUACCUUUCGCUCACCCCCAUACACAGCCAGCUCUGCACCGACUGCGGACGGUUUUUCGACCGACGCAAGCCUCACACGUGCGAGCACAAAAUAAAGCCCUACGCCUGUUACAUCUGCGGGAAGAGGUGCGUCAACGAGGUGGCGCUGAAUUUUCACAGCAGAGUGCACAACGAGAACUACGAGUUCCGCUGCAAGUUCUGCAACGUGGCGUUCAAGUUAAAGGCGGACAAGUUUGCCCACGAGCAGAUCCACGUAACCCAAGGGAAACCGUACAGGUGCCCGGACUGCUCGGAGACCUUCGCCACCAACAAGGAGCGCAGAGUCCACCUGGAAGACCACAGAGGAGCGAUAGAGUUGAAAUGUCAAUUCUGCGGGCUCGAGUUUUUCCGCGCCCUCUCCAUCCAGAGACAUUUGUUGGUGCACACUGGAGCAAAGCCGCACAAGUGUUCGGUGUGCCAGCGCGGCUUCAACCAGUCAAGUCAUUUAAAGUCCCACAUGCGCCUGCACACGGGGGAGAGGCCUUACAAGUGUCAGCGCUGCGACAAAUGCUUCAAUCACAACGUCAGCUUGAAGAACCACGUCCAGCGUUACCACCCUGCGCAUUCUGGACUGGAGCAGAAGAAAGAUGCAAAAGGCAACCAGAAAAGACACGUUUAUAGUUCCGAGUCUGACGGGUUGACAAAAAGCCCAGAGCGGGCUCUUGGCAGUGACGAGGAGGAACGGGACACAGAUUACGACGCACAGGUCACGGAUGAUGAGACGCAGACGGAAGGAUUUUAUAGACCUAAAACACAGAGAAGGGCCAAAGGUAGACCAAAAGGGAGGCCUAAAAACUUUGAAGCAAAAACGUUGAAGCCUAGAAAAUUAAAUGGGAAGAGGCAAAAGAAAAGACAGUUCAGAGAUGAAGAGAAGGAGCCGUCUGGCAUCAGUCCUUCACCAGAAGGAUGAAUUUUUGUAACACAUAGAAUUUGUUAGGAUUUGUCAAAGUGUAUUUUUUCAUUAUUUAAGUUAUAUAUGUAUUGAUUUCAGAGGAUUUGAUUUUUGACUUGUGUAGUGUAAUGUUGGGAUAAAUUAAAUACAUUAAAUAUUAUUUAUAGCAGA